GAGGAGGGGCGGGAAGCUCGGCCAGAGUCAAGUGCGCGUGCGGAUGGUUGCUAGAGGCGCUUCUCCCUCCCCUCUCCUGCUCACUUUUGUUGUGGCUCGGAGGGAAGGAGAGAGAGGGAGCUGCGGUGUCGGCGGCUGCAGCGACCCCCCUCUUCACACACGGACCUCCUCCCCCGGUUUUGGUUUUGGUAGGGGAGGUAGAGGAAGGAGGAAUGACCCCCUUUCCCCAUAGGCGCUAAGGCUCCUUGCUCGGGAAGGAGAAGGGAGCUGUCUCUGGUGGACGUGGGCUCCGAGCUUAACCCAGGAGCCCUUUCCCCACUUCCACGCCAAAGCCCGAGAAGAAAGAUAAAACGCCUCCCCCCCCAAUCCCUUGAACCGCCCAAAAGGGUCCUUGGAGGAAGGGACCACGCGUGUCCGUCUCAGAGCUUCUCUAAUACAAAAUGAAAAGUGCCCGUGGCAGCAGUUCUUCCUUUCAGGGAAACGGUGUCAAUGGUGUGGACCUCAUUCUUACAGGGCUGCCUAUGCAAGUGCUUCAGCGCCCUAGCAGUGCCUCCCCAGGCAAACACAUUGCUCGUUCCAUUUCUGUCAUUACGGAAAACAAACCCAAGAGGAAUAUCCUGGAAGAUGCAGGGCUUGCCACCUCUAGAGCCAUGAACAAUUUGCGAAGAUCCAACAGUACAACGCAGGUUAAUCAGCAAAUGAAUGAUGCCAUCAUCAGUGUAGAUCACCAUGACGACUUCCUCACAUUGUUUAAUAGCAGCUCAACUGGAAGAAGAAAACUAGCAAGUCUAAGCAAAGAUUCCCCAGAAAAGAAAACUACCUGGAACAUCCUAGAUGAGCAGCCCAGGAUAUUGCCUUCCUCAUCCAGCACUCCUGGAAGCAUGAGGAAGAAAGAAAUCAGUGUACCCCUUGCAGCUAAUUUCACUGCUAACAAUAGGAGUAACAAAGGUGCCAUGGGCAACUGCGUCACCACUAUGGUGCAUAACAAUUACUCCACUACGGACAAAAUAUCUGUGCCAAAGAGCUCCAAUCAAGCUACAACUUCACUCAACAACAUCAUCAAAGCUACUUCUAAUGAAGACACAGACAGCAGCAGUUACAUGAAAUCUCAGAAGAACUUUUCCAGCAGUAAUAUCCUGGCUCGGAACAAUAAUACCAGUAGUAGCAGUCCCCCGACUAGGAUACAAGAAGUGUCUGAGGAGGAGGCUGAGCGAUUUGUUAACCAAGUCAAUUCGGCUGCUGUGACAAUCCAGCGUUGGUACCGGCGGCAUUCUCAGAGACACAAGGAAGGCGUAGCUCAGCUUGAGCGAUUGUUAGCUUCCAAAAGAGAGGAAAAACAGCAGCAGCAGCAGCUCACAGAUGAGGGCAACAUCUUGGAUUUGCAGCAGAGACGAGAUGAGGAGAGGAAAAAAAUACGAGAGGAGAAAGCUCGCCUUGCCAGAAGAGCAGCCAUCCAGGAGCUGCAACAAAAACGAACCCAAAAAGCUUUAGAGACACAGCGUUUGGUGGAGGAGGAGCUGGCAGUAAUUAAAGAAGGCAAGAAAGCCAGGAGAAGGAAAAGUGAGAAAGCCAGCUCUUUGAAAAAUAGCAGUCCUGCUAACAGCAUCAUCAAAGCCAACAAUGCAGGUGCCAACUUCCAUUUUGCGGGAAUAGAUCUAGAAGAAGCUUCUGCCAUGGCAUCUCUUUGUCGCUCAGCACAAAACAAAGGACCUGAAGAACAGCCACAGGAUGGGAGUUCGGAAAAAAUGGCCAGUGAAGAUUUGGAUGGUAUGAUGAGCGCAGCCAGUAGGAUGCAUUCCAAAGUAACCUUUCAUGACCUACUAGACACCCUAAAGCUUUUGGAAGCGGAUCCAGAAUUUCUGCCACCACUACCGUAUCAAUCAAAUUUUUUCAAGGAUUACAAAUAUGCUUGGAUAGAUGGGGACUUGGACUCAAUUUCUCUAACCACUGACAACCUAGAGAAGUUUGGAAAAUUGAACUGCUCGCUGGGAGCCCCCGAAGAAGGAACAUUAUUGUCAGAAACAAAACUUCAGAAUAUAAUGAGCUUUUUGGAUGAGAUGGAAAAGUCUGAGCAGGAACGACCCAGGUCUGUUGCCUCAGCUUCACAACAAGAGGGAUUAUUGCCAGAAGAAGAACUUGCCCACUUGGAUCAGGUCUCAGCAGUUGCCACAGAAGUCACCAGCUCUAUCCAGAAGCUGAAGUUGGAAGUAGAAGAAAAAAAGAGAGCUGUUGCUUUUCUACAAAGAGCACUGGCUCAGCAGCAGGAGUUAGCUGGGCAUCAGGUUAAAGAUGUACAGAAAGAGCUAACUCACCAACUCACUGUGCAGAGGGAGCAGUAUGAAGGUGCAAUCCAACGGCACCUGGCCUUCAUUGACCAGCUCAUCGAUGACAAAAGAGCUCUGCAUCAGAAAUGUGAAGCAGUGGUAUCUGAAUUGAAGGUUGUGGAUCAGAAAUACACAAAGAAAAUUGCCCAGAUACAAGAGCAGCAUGAGUUGGAAAUAAAGAAGCUGAAACAACUGAUGACGGCCACAGAAAAAAUCCGCCGAGAGAAAUGGAUUGAUGAAAAGACCAAGAAGAUCAAAGAGAUCACUGUUAAAGGCCUAGAGCCUGAAAUCCAGAAGCUCAUUGCUAAACACAAGCUAGAGAUCAAAAAGCUGAAAUCGCUGCAUGAAGUAGAACUACUGCAGUCGGAUGAGCGUGCAGCUCAGCGCUACAUUCGACAGACAGAAGAACUGAGAGAGAUGCUGGAGCACGAGAAAGAAGAGCAAGGGCAGCGAGAGAGAGACCUGGCAAGGCAGCGGUAUGAGAAGCAGCUGGAGCAGGAGGAGCAGUCUCUACAGCAACAACGGCGUCGGCUCUACAGUGAAGUGGCCGAGGAGAAGGAGAGGCUAAACCAACAGGCUGCCAGGCAAAGAGCUGAACUGGAGGAUUUGCGAAGGCAAUUGGAAGAGAACAAUUCAAUUGUUACCAAGGCCUUAAAGGGAGAAUAUGAGAAAGGGAAAGAAGAACAGGAGCGACGGCAUCAGGUAGAAAUACAGACUUUGAAGAUGCAACUGGAUAUGGAGAAGCAGGCCUGGGAGGCCAAUUACCUGAAAAAAGAGGAGACCUGGUUGCUAACUCGAGAACGGGAACUGAGAGAAGAAGUCCGGAAAGAAAGGGACAAGGAGAUUGAGCUAGUCAUCCAGAAGCUAGAAGCUGACAUGUCCUCUGCCAAGGAUGAAUGUGAGAGGAUUGCAGAGAACAGAAUAAAGAGAAUGCGGGACAAAUAUGAACUAGAGCUGCGGGAAUUGGAGCUGUCGGAACGUAAGUUUCAAGAACGCUACAAUGAGCUGAAGGGGCGUUUGCUGGAAACAGGAAGUGAGACUGUUCGUCUCCAAGGUCUUCUACGCCAGAAGGAACAGGAGGUUGAGGACAUACGGAAGGUGAAGGACCAGUUAGCUCAGGAGCGCAGCAGCCUCUCUGAGGUUAUUCGGCAAGAGUUUGCAGACCGACUGGUGACCACAGAAGAAGACAACAAACAUCUCAAGAUAGAAAUGGCUGAACUUCGUGCCCGUCAGCGCUUGGAGCUGGACAGAGUGAUGCGAGACAAAGAGGAGGAGCUGGAAGAGGUGCAUAAAAGAGUGAAGACAGCAAUUGUGAAGAAAGAGGAGGCCGUGAACGGCUUUCGAAAGCAGUAUGAGGCAGCCAUGAAGAGGGCAGAUCAUCUGGAAUCCCUCUUGGAGCAGCAGCGUAAGCAGUUGCUAGCCACCAAGUAGCAACUGAACCAACGCUAACCAGUGGCCCUGUAAGGGUAGAGCCAAAUGAUGGUGCAAAACAGCAAAAGAAAAUUUGUUGCAGUUCUGAAAAUAUGAAGUCAAAACGAACACUAAUCUGUUUGUUGGUGGGGAUAGGCUUAAGGUUUUUUUCCCCCUCUGAUUAUUUUUUUAACUUGUUCUGAAAUCUGUCCUGAAGAAAAUAUCUGGAAAAAGAUGAUAUUCCAUUUCUUGGCAUUGUAUUUUAACAGUAAAAUACAGCUAAUUUGUAAAACGAU